CGUAAGCAGCGAGAGCUGCAGUACACUAUAAAGCUACUUGCUGAUCAAACCGGGUGACUGUCGUCAUCCUCCAGAGCGCACAACGCACGCAGUAGCCUAGUCAAAUUUCACCAGCGGAUAACGGACACCGGACAGGACAUUCCUCUUCAUAAUGGAGUUGUUCCCAGGGCUGGUGAUGCUGGUGGCUCUAAUGGUUUCAGUUGGUGCUGAAGGCGGCGUCGGCCCCAGCAACAACUCCAGUUUCUGCUCCGAGUCAAAGGAAUGUCUGGAGUAUGAGCUGGUGUGCAAAACAGAUGAAUAUGAGGUCCGUCACUACAGUCCUACUCGUUGGGUGUCUACGGAUGCGGAGGCCUACUUCAUGGGGGUGGGAGCAGCCAUGGCCUUCAGGAGACUGUUCCAGUACAUCACUGGGGCCAACAACGGAGGUCUCCAGAUGGAGAUGACUGCUCCAGUCCUGGUGAGGAUCCCCGAGGAGACCAGGAUGUGGGAACCAGCCAUCUACACCCUCAGUUUCCUGCUUCCAGCGGCCUAUCAGGAGAGACCUCCCACACCUACCAAUGACAAGCUCUACUUUACUGAGAUGCCCUCUAUGGAUGUGUACGUGCGUAGCUACGGAGGCUGGAUGUUGUCAGUGACCUCCAGGCUUCAUGCUCACCUACUGACCAAGGAGCUGGCCAGGGUUCAGGCUGACUACAACCACACCUACCACUACGGAGUGGGUUACGACAGUCCUCUGAAGCUGCUGAACAGACACAAUGAGGUGUGGUACGUAGCUGAGGGAGAGGCUGUCUGCUCUGACCCCCAGGAACCAACCCCACCACACACACCUACCCCCACACACACAUCCAACGCCACACCCAAUGCCACACACACAUCCAACGCCACACCCAAUGCCACACACACACCCAACGCCACACUCAACACCUCACACACACCCAACGUCACACACACACCCAACACCUCACACACACCCAAUGCCACACACAUCCCCUCCAGCACCAUCUCUGACUCCCCCUCAGAUCUCCCAGCCAACCGGCCACCCACCCCCACCCAGGCCCCCGAGGUGACCCCCUCUCAGGGCUCGGUGGUCGGGGAGACCCCCUCGGCCAACAGCUCUGACCCCCAGACGGACGGCCCCUGGAACAACACUGUGGAGGCCUCCCUGGAGGACACCCCCUCUGAUAACGCUGUCGCCGACCCCGCUGACCUCAACCUGGCCUAGUCCUGCAAUACUAUACAUGACCCUGAACAGCAGAGGGGUACGGAGGGCUGCUGUGGUGAGAGAGCUCCUUCAGUUAGAUGUCCAUUUGGAAUUGGGCCCUUGUCUCAGUAUUUACUGUAAUACACCACGCCCCCUACUGGUGUCAUAUGGUUACUACACAUAUUAGCUUUAUUCACCUGCCGCUCACCUGUUAUCCAUGUUACCACACUGAUCUGUUAUCCAUGUUACCACACUGAUCUGUUAUCCAUGUUACCACACUGAUCUGUUAUCCAUGUUACCACACUGAUCUGUUAUCCAUGUUACCACACUGAUCUGUUAUCCAUGUUACCCUGUUAUCCAUGUUACCACACUGAUCUGUUAUCCAUGUUACCACACUGAUCUGUUAUCCAUGUUACCACACUGAUCUGUUAUCCAUGUUACCACACUGAUCUGUUAUCCAUGUUAUCACACUGAUCUGUUAUCCAUGUUACCACACUGAUCUGUUAUCCAUGUUACCACACUGAUCUGUUAUCCAUGUUACCACACUGAUCUGUUAUCCAUGUUACCCUGUUAUCCAUGUUACCACACUGAUCUGUUAUCCAUGUUACCACACUGACCUGUUAUCCAUGUUACCACACUGACCUGUUAUCCAUGUUACCACACUGAUCUGUUAUCCAUGUUACCACACUGAUCUGUUAUCCAUGUUACCACACUGAUCUGUUAUCCAUGUUACCACACUGAUCUGUUAUCCAUGUUACCACACUGAUCUGUUAUCCAUGUUACCACACUGAUCUGUUAUCCAUGUUACCACACUGACCUGUUAUCCAUGUUACCACACUGAUCUGUUAUCCAUGUUACCACACUGAUCUGUUAUCCAUGUUACCCUGUUAUCCAUGUUACCACACUGAUCUGUUAUCCAUGUUACCACACUGAUCUGUUAUCCAUGUUACCACACUGAUCUGUUAUCCAUGUUACCACCCUGACCAAUGGCAGCGCUGUAGAUCUAACCCUGGCCAAUAGCAGCGCUGUAGAUCUAACCCUGGCCAAUAGCAGCGCUGUAGAUCUAACCCUGGCCAAUGGCAGCGCUGUAGCAGUGUGGUAACUUUAUUCUCCUUUAUCAUUAUUCAUUGUUUACAGAUAAACAGUUGUAUUUCUGUCACACUGACUAGAAGGUUCUCCACUCGUUGUCGUCUCCGUUGUGUAUUUAUUUGUCAUUAUUUAUAAAUGUAUUUUCUGUCUGUUUGCGAGCAGCUUUUACAUUCAGCUUGAUAUCAGUCGGUAAUGUAUAAUUACUCACCAUGUUGUCUGUAUGACACUGUGGUGUGUGUGAAAAUGCUUAACUUGUAUCAUUAGUCAAAUAGUCGAAAAUGUAACCAUUUAAAAGUGAUAGACUGAUGUUUCAUCUGUAGAUGUACCCGAGAGGGUUUCUGUUCGUCUGGUUGUAAUAUCUGUCAAGUCUUGAGGAUGGCGCAAUAAAACCACUAAAACAAA